AUGCUCUUGCUAUGCCCAAACACUCCAAUUCUUGCCACUUGUUCUUCUAUUGGCAACCAAUUGGCAGCAGCAACAGCAACUGAUGGUAAUUAUGGCGGCAUCAACAAGUCAUGUUUUCACAUGGAGAAACAAGCUCUUCUUCAUUUCAAAGCUUCCCUUCAAGACCCCCUUGGCCAACUCUCUACAUGGAGACCUGCAGAAGAUGAUGAUUGCUGUCAAUGGAGUGGAAUCACCUGCAACAACCAUACAGGUCAUGUCACAAAGCUCCACCUGUCGUCCAAUCCUUUUAAAGGUCUUGGAGGUGAGGUUAGCCCUUCAUUGCUUCACUUAACCUACUUGAAUCCUCUUGACCUUUCCAGAAAUUGA